AAAAAAAAGAAAAAAUAAAAAAUGAAACCACCGACUUGAAUAGUGAUGGUACAAAGCAGAAGAAACAAAAGGAUUUUGAUUUUUUCUCCCAGUUGAUCCGAAGAAGAUUCGAAUCGCUCGUAUGCUUCUAAACGUCUUCUACCAAUUCCAGAGUCAUGGUUACGACGUCGUUGCUAUCGUCGACGCAGAGGUACGCCGCGGGAGCUCUGUUCGCUUUUGCUCUUCAUCAGGCGCAGGUUCAUCAGACUCGUCUUUUGGGCUCCUUCUCCGGCGAAGAAGAAACCACCGAGGACCGAACCAGCAGCACUAGCAGUAGUGACUCGGUCGCCGAUGAUCCUGACCUCUGGGUUAACGAAAAUUCAGGCCUUAUUAGACACAUUUUCAGGUUUUUCGAGAUUCCGGAUUCGGCAUGGCCUGGUAUUGUGGAAACUGCCGGGGUUUCUGAAGCUAAGAAUCAUGUCGGAGCCUUCAUGAGGUUACUCUCGGAAGAAACCGAUGAAGGUUCUUCUCAAAGUUCAGAUCAAGAACUCGCAUUGUCAAAAGCCGUUGGUUGUUUGUUGCUUAGUAUGGAAGAAAAUUUAGAAUCUGUCAAGUGUAAGAAGGAAAAACAUGGAGAAUAUGAGCACGAAUGCCGCGAGAAAUUUUCCACUGCUGAGGUGCAAUCAAAAAUUGAAGCAGCGGAUGUGCAAUCACAUUUGGAAACUCAGCGAGGAACAGAUGACAAUAUUUUGGGGGUUAAAGAUGAGUCCAACACUAAAAUUGAGAAUCCCAUUGAAGAGAGAGAUAUGCUCAGUUAUCAGAGGAAAGUGACAGUUCUCUAUGAGCUUCUUUCAGCUUGUUUGGCAGACUCAAAUGGAGACAACAAAAAAUCAACCCGGCGAAGGAAGGGCUAUGAUGCUCGACAUCGUGUUGCUCUGCGGUUGCUGGCAACCUGGCUUGACGUUAAGUGGAUAAAAAUGGAAGCUAUUGAGACAAUGGUUGCUUGCUCCGCAAUGGCUAUAGCUAAGGGGGAAGAAUCAAAUGAAGAAGAAUCCAAGUCAUCAGGAAAAAAAUGGGACAAAUGGAAGCGUGGUGGUAUUAUUGGUGCAGCUGCAAUAACUGGAGGAGCAUUGUUGGCAAUUACUGGUGGAUUAGCUGCCCCAGCAAUUUCUGCAGGACUCACCGCUAUGGCCCCAACAUUGGGCAGUCUAAUACCAGUAAUAGGAGUAAGUGGGUUUACUGCAGCUGCUACUGCUGCUGGAACUGCUGCUGGUUCUGUUGCCGUUGCUGCAUCAUUUGGAGCUGCUGGAGCUGGACUUACAGGGACCAAAAUGGCUAGGCGAACUGGAAGUGUUGAUGAAUUUGAAUUCAAACCUUUAGGAGAAAACCAUAACCAAGGCAGGCUAGCGGUUGAAAUCUUGGUCUCAGGUUUUGUCUUUGACCAGGAAGAUUUUGUGAGGCCUUGGGAAGGACAGUAUGACAACUCAGAAAGGUAUGCAUUGCACUGGGAAUCGAAGAAUUUAAUUGCAGUGAGCACUGCAAUUCAGGAUUGGCUUACUUCAAGAAUUGCGAUGGAAUUGAUGAAGCAGGGUGCAAUGAUGACUGUGCUUAACACACUUUUAUUAGCACUGGCUUGGCCAGCAACCUUACUUGCAGCCACUGAUUUCAUAGAUAGCAAAUGGACAAUUGCUGUGGACAGAUCGGACAAAGCAGGAAAGUUGCUUGCUGAAUCACUAUUAAAAGGUUUACAUGGGAACAGGCCUGUGACACUUAUAGGUUUCUCGCUUGGAGCACGAGUUAUAUUCAAGUGUCUCCAGGUUUUGGCUGAAACAGAACAUAAUGCUGAAAUUGUAGAAAGAGUUGUUCUUCUUGGCGCACCUAUUUCAAUUAAAGAUGAGAACUGGGAAGCUGUUAGAAAGUUGGUGGCUGGAAGAUUUGUGAAUGCUUACUCCACAAAUGAUUGGAUACUUGGAAUUGCUUUCCGUGCAAGUCUGCUUACUCAAGGAUUAGCUGGAAUUCAACCAAUUGAUGUUCCAGGGAUUGAGAAUGUUGAUGUAACUGAUCUCGUUGAAGGGCAUUCUUCCUAUCUUUGGGCUACACAGCAGAUCCUGGAUCUCCUUGAACUUGAUACAUAUUAUCCCGUUUUUCGGUUGAAACGGUAAAAGCUUUUUUUCAUUGGAAAAAGUCGGCUUGAAUCAAACGUAUUAUACAAAUCGGUCAAAAGGUACCGUCUUUCUUAAUUUAUUGGGAUAUAAUUUCCUUUCAUACGUUGUUGCUUCUAAAUGGAAAUAUAGAGUAAUACCAACCCCGGUGAACAGAAUCUGUAUUUAAAACGUAUAUUCUUGUUUAUUAUGUAAAUAUAUUCUUUCUUCCUUUUAAUUACAAAGUUGACAAAGCAAUGAUUUUUUUA